GGCGCCGGGGGGGGAGGGGUGAAGCCGCGGGAGGUGUAGCGCAGGGAGCGAGAGGACGAUGUUGGCCUCCCUGGCGGUCCGCCCGCCGCCACCGGGGCUGGCGCGACUCCUCCGGGCGCGGCUGUGGCUAUCGCCGUCACGGCUGGUCUACGGGGGAGCGGCGGCGGCGGCUGAGGGGGCUGGGAGCGGUGGGCCGCGGCUGCUCCCACCUUCGCUCGCCAGGGGGCGCCGCCAGCACGCGCCGCAGCCGAGCGCGGGGCUGCCAUGGCGGGGCGGGGCCUGCGGGGGGCGGCAGCGGGGCCCGGGGGGGACCCCCCCGGUAACGGGCCCGGGCCCCGGGGUCACCCCCGUAGCCGUGGGGCCGGGCCCGAAGGGGACCCCCGUGGCAGCGGGUCCGGGGCUGCGGGUCCCAGGUGCGGCCUUGCUGCGGACCGCCGGGCUGGCUGGCCAGGGCUGCCCCGGGCCUGGGCCCUCGGGCCUGGCAGUGCCCCUUGGAGGGCCCGCAGCGUGGCCCUGGGGCGCUGAGCACCGCUGUCGUCGCGGAGGAGACCCCGGCGGGCGUCGGAGCGGAGACAGGAGCUGCCCCCCGGGAGCUGCGCUACCUGCCCUCGUCGCUGUGCUGGCCUACUGCUACCUCAGGGACCACCUGUCCAAGGAAGAUGCUCUGCUGGAAGCUGCGAGGAUCAACAAUGUUUCAGAAGUCAACAGGUUGUUGCUGGAAGGCACGGAUGUGAACGCGAGGCACAAGCUUGGCUGGACUGCUCUCAUGGUGGCAGCUAUCAGCAGAAACUCCAGUGUGGUGAAGAUCCUGCUCGCAGCUAAUGCAGAUCCAAACCUUGGAGACGAUUUCAGCAGCGUGUAUGAGACUGCCAAGGAAAAAGGCCUCCAUUCUUUGGAAGUCCUUGUAACCCGGGAGGAUGACUUCAACAACCGCUUGAACAUCCGAGCCAAUUUCAAGGGCUGCACAGCUCUACACUAUGCGGUACUGGCUGAUGACUACCUGACUGUCAAACUGCUGCUGGAUGGAGGUGCCAACCCCCUGCAGAAGAACGAGAUGGGACAUACACCCCUGGAUUAUGCCCGUGAAGGGGAGGUCAUGAACCUGCUAAAAGCAUCGGAGACGAAGUUUCAGGAGGAGCAGCGCAGGAGAGAGGUGGAGGAACGCCGGAGGUUUCCGCUGGAGCAGCGGCUAAAAGAGCACAUCAUAGGUCAGGAGAGCGCGAUAGCAACAGUGGGAGCAGCUAUUCGGAGGAAGGAAAAUGGCUGGUAUGAUGAGGAGCACCCGCUGGUCUUUCUUUUCUUGGGAUCAUCUGGAAUAGGUAAAACGGAGCUGGCCAAACAGACAGCCAAGUACAUCCAUAAAGAUGUCAAGAAGGGUUUCAUCAGACUGGACAUGUCAGAGUUCCAGGAGAGGCACGAGGUCGCCAAGUUUAUUGGCUCUCCACCUGGCUACGUGGGCCAUGAAGAGGGUGGGCAGCUCACCAAGAAGCUGAGGCAAUGUCCAAAUGCUGUGGUGCUCUUUGACGAGGUUGACAAAGCCCACCCAGAUGUCCUCACCAUCAUGCUGCAGCUGUUCGAUGAGGGCAGGCUGACAGAUGGCAAGGGGAAAACCAUUGACUGCAAGGAUGCCAUCUUUAUCAUGACCUCCAACGUGGCGAGUGAUGAGAUUGCCCAGCACGCUCUGCAGCUCCGACAAGAAGCCAUGGAGAUGAGCAAGAAAAGGAUCGCAGAAAACUUGGAGGAUGUCCAGAUGAGCGACAAGAUAACCAUCUCCAAGCAGUUCAAGGAAAAGGUUAUUCGACCCAUCUUAAAGGCUCACUUCAGACGAGAUGAGUUCCUGGGGAGGAUCAAUGAGAUCGUCUAUUUUCUCCCUUUUUGCCACUCUGAGCUCAUCCAGCUUGUCAACAAGGAGCUGAAUUUUUGGGCCAAAAAGGCCAAGGCGAGACACAACAUCACCCUGCUCUGGGACAGGGAGGUCAUGGAUGUGCUGGCUGAUGGCUACAACUUGCACUAUGGUGCCCGGUCCAUCAAACACGAGGUGGAGCGGCGUGUUGUGAACCAGCUGGCAGCUGCCUAUGAGCAGGACCUGCUGCCGCGGGGCUGCACCUUGAGGAUCACGGUGGAGGACUCAGACAAGCAGCUGCUGAAAACCAAGGACAGCUCUUCCCCUGGAGCAGAAAAAGCAAAGAUGCCAACGUUGAGAUUGGAGAUAGUGGAGAAAGACAGCAAAUCCCGAAAACUGGACAUCCAAGCACCUCUGAACCCAGAAAACAUUGCUUAUUUCUUGUAGGCAGCAACGAGCACACUCCGCCCCACGCUCUGCCAUGGUGCGGGCAGCACAGGUUGACAAUAAAACCCCAUGAGACUGGGA